AUGCUGUAUCGGCUGUGUGCGUUUGUUCCGGCGCUGUGUUUGGUGCUGCGACUGGGGGACUUCCAGGAUGUCUGUCAGUCUACCUGUGGAGCCCAGGCACCUGGAGACAUCCUGAUAGGAGUGAUCAGCCAGUGCCACGGCGAAGUGGAGUCCCUGAGCAACCGCAUAAAACCAGAUUGUUUCAACUGCACAGAUUUUAUUUUGCAGUCAUUUGUGCAAGCCUCAGCUGUCAUCUAUACAAUUGAUGUGAUCAACGACUCCGGCUUCCUUCCUGGAGUGCGCUUAGGAUACAUCGUCUGUGACGACUGCUCGUACCCAAUCAAAGCACUACAAGUAUUGCAGUAUCUGUUAAGUGAUCCUCUGAAUACCGAAUGCAGUAACUCCAGCAACCCCCUGGUCAAGGCUGUGGUUGGAGCUCGCUUCUCCGAGGUGUCCAUCACUGUGGCAAGGUUUCUAGGACUGUACAUGGUUCCAGAGAUUAGCACAUCAUCUUCUGCAGACAUCCUAGACGACAAGCUGCGGUUUCCAUCUUUUUUGCGCAUCAUUCCCAGCGAUGUGUACCAGACUCAAGCCAUUGCUAAGUUCAUGUCAUUUUUUGACUGGGACUGGGUCGGUGUGGUCUACGGUGAUGAUGACUAUGGCAGGUCUGCCCUGCAGAGCUUCCUGAUGGAUGCAGGGAAGGCUAAGGUAUGUGUGGCCUAUCAGGAGGUGGUACCCCACUACCUGAACAAUGCAAACACAGAUCAAAGAAUCAAAGAAGUUGCAGAGACGAUUCGCUCCUCAACAGCUCAGGUUGUACUGGUCAUCCUGAAAGAGGAACUAGUAAGGCAGCUUUUUGAAGAAAUUAUUCGAACCAACUCCUCCCGAAUCUGGAUCGCCAGUGAUGCCUGGUCUUUGGCCCAGCCCUUGACCAGGAUACCGGGGAUCAACAAUGUGGGGGAAAUCUUUGGCUUCAGCUUUGCCAUAGGGCAAAAUCCAGGUUUCAGUGAGUUCCUUCAGAACCUCCAGCCAGGUCCAGGGGCUGUGAACCACUUUAUUGAGGAGUACAAAAACCUGAGGUUUGAAUGCACUCCAGAGCUACUGCAGUACAAUGAGUGCAUUGCCAACGACCCUCCAUCCCUCUGCACCAGGCCACCCUCCCUCACUUUCAAAUCUCCACUGGCCUGCAGCAUCCCAGACCCCCAGCAAGCUAAUGACGACUUCCUGAUACAAAGUGUGUAUUUAAAUGUGACCUUUGGAGAAAGAUUGACUGUAUGGGCUAUAGCUCAUGCCUUGAGGAAUCUCCUGCAGUGCAAUGGGACUCAUUGUCCAGGAGAGAAGAAUUUUCCUCCUUGGAUGCUCCUGCAAGAGCUUAAAAUGGUGAAUUUCACAUUAGACAAUCAACAGUUUUACUUUGAUGAAAAAGGCAGCUUUGUGAAUGGCUAUGACCUGAUUUACUGGGCAAGAUCUGGAAAUAAUCGAGAUCUCCGUGUGGUAGGAAGAUAUCAACCAAAGACUGGAAAUAUUACAGUCAACAAAGAAAAUAUUGUGUGGCAAAAUGCAGACAAUAAGGUUCCAGAGUCUAAAUGCUCAACACCAUGCCCCGCGGGUAAAUUUAUGAAAAUUUCCAAUGUAUCUUGCUGCUUCAUCUGUACCCCAUGCGAUGCAGGGACCUUCUCUAAUGUCUCGAAUAUGGCCAACUGCUUACCAUGCCCUAACAACACAUGGUCACGGAAAGGCUGGGACCAGUGCACUCUAAAAAACGAGAACUUCUUUGGGUGGAAUGAGCCUUAUGCCAUUGUCUUGCUAACUUUUGUGAGCUUGGGGACCCUGCUGCUGCUCGUGGUCUUCACUAUUUUUUUGCUGAACCGGCACAGCCCCAUUGUGCAGAUUGCAAGAGAGAAACUGUACUACACCAUGAUGGCCAGCCUGUUGGUCAGCUUUGGAAGUGUGGUACUCUUCAUGGGUGAGCCAAACGUCCACAUCUGCCGGGCCCGGCAGACCAUGUAUGGUCUGAGCUUUACCCUUUGUGUCUCCUGCAUCCUGGUGAAGGCACUUCACACGUUUGUUAAUUCCAGUUCAUUCGAUCGCAACCUGAAACCCAUCGCCAUCAUUGUAGUUUUCACGACAGUCCAAGUGCUCAUUUGCACCUUCUGGUUGGUGUUUGAUUCACCAAGGGUGGAGACCAUCCCCUUAGACCAAAACAUGAUCAUCUGGUUGCAGUGCAAUGAGGGACAGGGGGUGGGCUUUGGCAUCAUGCUCAGUUACAUUGGACUUCUGGCCUUCAUCUGCAUCUGGGUGGCCUUCAAAGGCAGGAAGGUCCCACAUCGGUUCAAUGAGACAGGCUACAUCAUCUUCAGUAUGGUCAUCUACCUUUUGGUGUGGAUCUGUUUCAUCCCAAUCUAUGUGACUAAGAAUGAACACCGUUCAGAUGUCCAGGCUUCCGCCAUUCUAGUCUCCAACUAUGGCAUUAUUUUCAGCCACUUUCUCCCUAAGUGCUACAUGAUCCUCUGCAAGAAAAAAAGCAACCUGCAACAUACUGCUUACCUUGAUAGGCUUAAGUUCUUACGUGCAUAA